UUGGAUUCAGAAAUAAAAUAACAAAGAUGGAAACAAAGGCUUCAAUACAGCAAGCCUGCUGUUAUUCUGGAAGCUCUGAGUGGAAAAAUUCCUGCAUUCAGUACAAAUUUUCAAUAAUUUCACAACCUUCUUGGUCAAGAAUUUCAUCCUGCCUCUGAAGAUCUUCUUCAGAGACUUGAUAGAAAUUCUGCCGCUGGUAAUCAAGAAUUCCAGCAAUAUGAGAGAAGAGAGCUUUGAUCUCACAGAUCCGGCUACUAUCAUAAUGAUCACACCAUAAGAGCUUA